AUGACCAUAGUCUCAAAUGAUUCCACUUGGUGGCCGUCCAUCGAUGCAUAUCGUUUUUCUAGUUACUUUUCAGUUGCCGCCUUUGUCGGAGUGACGUAUGAUUGGGUAUCUUCAGCCCUUACAUUUGAACAAGAGGUCGAAUUGGUUUGGGUGCGCUACCUUGGCAUAUGUUUUGCUGCCCUGGACAUGCUUGAUGAUGCUCCGUCCAUCUCGCUGACAGAUACAGGAUGUCUUGUUGUGUAUAUUGUACAAAGUUGGACGUGUGUCGUGGUAUUUGCAAUGAUAUGGGUCGUCAUGAUCACUCGGUUAUAUGCCAUGUAUCAAGGAUCCAGAAAGAUCCUGAUAUUUCUCAUUAUCACCUUCCUGGUUGUCAACAUUUUCGACGGAGUGGCCGCCAUAAUUGCAACCGCGCGUGUUUCAGGAGAGGAACUCAUUCUCUCUGGCACUUAUGAGUGCUCAAUUGUCCAUGCGGAAGAUAUCUCACUUCUGUCUUCCAUUAGUUGGUUACUUGGAACUGGGUGGGAGGUCCUCGCACUGUGUCUCGCAGUUUGGAUUGCGAUAAUACACUUCCGUGAACUGCGACGACAUUCUGGAGGAGGGUUUAUUAUUAAGGACUAUUUCAUGGUGUUGAUGAAAACUCAUGUGCUUUACUUUGCAGCGGUCGGACGUGGUAGCUUUGUUACUGUCUCUCGCUUCGAGCUCACUAACGAUUUCUCUCCAAAAGAUCCAACAGUCCAAAAUCCACUGAAAUAUUAUUCGGGGCUUAUUCAGAUUUUUGGGGUCAUGCCGAUGCUUGUGUUGGCACCCCGCCUGAUCCUUAGCGUUCGAGAUCACCACGCUAAGCUUGUGGCCGAUUCCCAUGCAGCAAGUGAUAUGAUCUCGAUUGUUUUCCAGGAGCGCAUGCAUAUAUCGACAGGGAGUAGAGUAUGA